GAAUUUGUUUCCGACCCUCGCGGACUGGCUGCGUUCUCGUAUAGUCUCGUCACCGCACCAACCCCCUCCGCUCUCCCCUACCACAGGCGAGGGCGACUCCUCGCUGCCGCCCGCCCCGAUCGCCUCUGCGGCCAGCGGCGCUCGCGGCCAGAAGACGUAGCCGCGCGCAGUGUCCACCGACCCGUCCGCCCCUGCGUGAGCGCGCCUAUGGCGGGUAGUCACCAAGGUUAGGGUUGGGUGGCCCUUUCUUCUCAUGCUCGCCCUCCCGGUCCUCGUCAUCGUCGCCCCACCGCGCUGCCUGUGAGCCCCCGCGAGCUUUCUCCUGCUACGGGCGCGCCGCUGCCGUCCCGUCCUCCGGCGAUUUCUCCUACAGAUCGGCAAUCUUGCACCUGAACCUAAAGAUUCAGCUGAGUUUGGAAUUUUUGGUUGAAUAGAGUAUUCACUGACUUUCAAAGAAGAAAAGCUUCUAUUUGUGGUAACUUGCUUCAUUUCUUUGUUACUCCUGAAUUUUGAUGACCUCAGCCUCUCACAUUACUUGGAACUCAAGGUCAAUACUGAUAUAAAGCUUUGAGGAUGGAACAAGGAACAGGUGUUAGUGGUCGUGAACACAUAAUUGAUAUUCCGAGAGGCACUGGUCCUGCCUCAGUUUCUCGUAGUGUUGAUAGAGAGAACAACGAUGAAUUGAAUCCUGUGGAUAGGCCUUCAACCAGAGUUCCAGUACCUGCCUUGCAGGCACCACCAGCAAUAGGUGCUGUAUCUAGUGCUGGGCACACGUCAGGCACUAGGAGAAACGACAACUAUGUUCGGCGGCACAGAAGCCCUUUGAAUUCUGGACUGUGGAUUUCAAUUGAAGUUAUCGUCAAUGUGAGCCAAAUUGUAGCCGCCACUGUGGUCCUUUGCCUGUCAAGAAAGGAACAUCCACAAGCUCCAUUACUUGAAUGGGUAAUAGGUUAUACAGUUGGUUGUUUUGCCACAUUACCCCAUCUUUAUUGGCGCUAUAUACACCGUAAUAUUGUAAAUGGUGAGCAUGAACCAGCACAUGCGCCUCAAGGGUCCUCUCAUAACAACUCAACCGAAGCCACUCAUGCGACAAGUGCAUCAGAACGUCGUAGAAAUGCUGCACGGAAUGCGGUGCUUGCUAACCCGAGGAUUAAUGCGCUGUUUGACCACUUCAAGAUGGCCCUGGAUUGUUUCUUUGCUGUAUGGUUCGUUGUUGGAAAUGUGUGGAUAUUCGGUGGGCAUUCUUCUGCUGCUGGUGCUCCAAACUUGUACAGGUUAUGUAUUGUGUUCCUCACUUUUAGUUGCAUUGGGUAUGCCAUGCCUUUCAUCCUCUGCGCAAUGAUAUGCUGUUGCCUCCCCUGCAUUAUAUCUGUCAUGGGUUUUAGAGAAGAUACAAACAAUACAAGAGGGGCUACCUCAGAAUCCAUCAAUGCUUUACCUACGUAUAAAUUCAAAACCAAGAAACGCCGCCAUGGUUCAGGUAAUGAAGCUGGAGGCCAAGAUGGAGGUAUAGUGGCUGCAGGGACUGACAAGGAGCGAUCGCUUUCUGCUGAAGAUGCUGUUUGCUGCAUCUGUCUUGCAAAGUAUGCACACAAUGAUGAGCUUCGUGAACUUCCCUGUGCACAUUGUUUCCAUAAGGAUUGUGUUGAUAAAUGGCUCAAGAUAAAUGCCCUUUGCCCCUUGUGCAAAUCUGAGAUAGCAGGCUCAUCUGGCACCUCUGAUACACGUCAAUCGGACCAGAAUGCUAUUCCGGCGCAGGAGAUUGAGAUGCACUAGGUCGCUCUGCGCUCUGUGCUACUACAUAAGAAUACAGCUGUUUGUGUUUCCCUGUCUUCAUGUAUAAAGUCGAAGAUUGAUGCAUGGAUUGUAGUGACGCCCAAGGUUCUUUUUAUCACUGUUAUCUUGGGGAAGAAAGUUACAGCUUUUCUCGCUGUCUCUCAACAAUGGCAAGUCAAUACUACCCAGGUUUCCAUCAGAGUGGAUUGCACCCUUGUUCUGGUUUGGGUGACAAUGGAUGACUACUUCCUAGUUUCUAGUGGAAAAGAGGUGGGCCAGGUCCAGGAUUCCAGGUACAUACGUGAUCCGUUAAUUGCGUGAUCCUAGUGAACUUUGUUGUAUUUACAUGCGUGAGACAAGGUACGAAAUUCGGUUGAUGACUAAAAAAAGUUGAUAUGCACCCUCAGCAACUGUUGGGUUCUGCCUGAUAUGGAGAAUCCACUGACUAUGAUAAACACAUGUUUCGGAUGUC